CACGCCUCCGACUGACAAGUCGGUGCUCUCGAGGGCGAAGGAUGAUGCCCUCAGUGCCAAGGUGCUCCAAGCCUCCGUCACUGCUGCCCUCGGGCUUGGGGAACUGCUCCAGAGGAUGGAGCAAUACCAGCUGCAGAAGUUGCAAGCCGAUGAGGCCCUGGCGGAGUCCCGGCGACAGCUCCAGGAGGUCCGAGAGUCCCUCCGGCGGGAGACGGAGGCGUUCAACUCCAUCCUGGAGAACAACAAAAUAAUCGCCAGGGCUGAGGGCAAGGCCGAUGCUGAGAGGGCUGCAGCGGAAGCCUCCAAGGUUGCUGCGGAGGAAGCCGAGGCUGCGAAGAAGGAGGCUGUUGCUCGGGCAGAGAAAGAUGCCAUCGCCGCCUUUGUCGCUGAGGGGUGGAAGGCCGAAGAGCACAAACAAUGGUUGUCCUCGGUGGUGGAGGCCUCGGUUGAUGAUUGGGUAAAGGACCACGGGGCUUUAUGGUUGGCCCGCAAGGGCAAAGACUACUAUGACGGUGGGGAAUUCUUUACCCAGAAGCUUGUUUACCGACGGCUGGCCAGGCACUUCAAUAUUGAGCCGAAGGAAUUUGAUCCGGCAGCUUACGGCCUUCCCCCUCUGCAGCCAGAUGUAAGAGUCCCUCUUCCUGAGGGCGAAGAAAGGCCGGAUCUUGAAGACUCCGAGCUCAUGCAGGAAGGCGGUGAAGAGGCCGGUGAUGAUGCCACUUCCAAGACUGCCGAGGAGGGGGCUCAAACUGCCGAUACUUAGCUUUACCUUUCUUGUUGUUUGUAGUUGAUAGUGCCCUUCGGCCUUGUAUUGUAAUGACAUUUCUUGUAAACUCCAACUCUUGAUGAUGAAUGAUAUGCCUCCGGGCUUUGUUAUAUUGAAUGCUUCGUUUGCUGAAUUCGAGUGCUUGCCUUCGUUUUUUAUUUUCCGCGUAUGAACGUAUGCUUUAUUUCCAUCUCUGAAGGUCGGAGAUCUGUGGACUUUUAAAAAAUUUUCUAAGUGAAAGCUUGGCUAGAACCUUCUGAAUGUAUGCCUAAGUGAAAACAUAAUCAGAAGCCUUCGGUAAUAAGGCUCAAACGCCGGGGGCUUGCAGUUGUGGACUCGGAAAAUCUUCUAAGCACGGUUUCUCCGUAUGCUUUCGGUAAUAGUUAGCCUUCGGUAGAGUAAGCUUUCCCGGGGGGCUUGUAGUUGUGGACUUAGAAAAUUUUCUAAGUGAGACCAGACCAGGACCCUUCGGUUGUGAAGUAGAAUUACGUGGGGGUCGUUGCUUGUGUACUUAGAAGGUCUUCCAAGUAAAACUUUGAUUAGAACCCUUCGGAUGUUUCGUGAUUGUGGACUUUGAAAAAUUUCCUAAGUAAAAUUCCAUCGCAUGUCUUCGGUGAUGAACCAUUGGGAUUGCUUCCGGGUUGUAGCGAUAGGAUCGAGGGCUAAGGUGAAUUAGACUUAGGAAAUUUCCCAAGUGCAGUUGCCUCUAAUGCCCCCGGGAAGCUUGGGAUCCUUUGUUUGGUAGUGUAGCUUUAGGUCAUGGCCAAGUGGCUUAGGGGAGCCAUCGACCACGCAUCUGUAGGUGAAGAAUUGCCCCCCGAAGGGUCUCCCAUUUGUGGACUUGGUCAAAUUUCC